GCCAUAUUAUUAUUGCCAUAUUGUUGUUUUGUUCGGGAUUGCGUUUUAGAUCGAUGAUCGUGGAAUUGUAAUCAUUUUACAUAUUUAUUUACUUCUAUGAGUUUUAUCAGUAUUUUACAAUGUAUUGAAGGUUUUCCUUUUCGAUAUGACUAAAAGUCGCCUUUUCAAACGUUAAUUACACUAUUUUAUUUGCUUUAGCGAUGUCAAGAUAUUUGUUUUAUUUCGUUUUUAUAUGUUAUAUGCAAUAUGUUAUGGGAUACAGCCAAUUAUGCGAUAAUAAGACAAGAAGUUGUACAACUCAGGUUUUGGGCCAUGAUUACACAGAAGACUCAUGCCAGAUGGAAUACUUCAAACCCGACAGUCUAGAGUGUAGAGACAUGGAUUUUUCAUUGAUAUCGCCAAAUGCACAUAUUGGCGGUGUCAGCUUGAAGCCCUAUAGUCUCCAAUAUGAACAUUUUACCCCUUCGGGUUCAUUUUAUGUGGUCAACCAUACAGUUCUUAAUAUAACAUUCAGUAAUAUCAAAUGGAAAACUAUGAAAUUUCGAUUUCAACUCUUGAAGCAGAAGAGUUCAGACAAUCAUUGUAGGAAUAUAGUGAUAUCAAACAAUGUGACUAUCAACGAUCAAUCCAUGUUCUACUAUGAUUGUUAUUGGCCAAUCUCUGAUGGCAACCCCAACGGACAGAGCCAUAUUCUGGAUUUUGAGGCAACUGAUGAUGUUGUUGUUAACCGAGGACAAUAUUACUUUAACAUACCCACACCACAGAUGUUAAGUCCAUCAGCGACAAUUAAUGAAUGGAAACCAUUUGUCUAUAUCGAGAUAUUAAAGGACAAAAUGGUAUUACACGUUGUACCACCGCCUUCUCAUUUAAAAGUUAACGCAUACCAAAUAGCGGUGUUUCGAGAAUGUGAUAAAGAAACAUUAUGUACAGCGGACGAUUUGGUAGCGAAUACGACGAUAAAAUUGAAGAAUAAUCUACAAGAAGUAACAUACGAGACGUCAAUGUUGAAGAAAUCCGGGUCGUAUUACUAUGUUGUUACAGUCCUACAUGAUAAGUGUAGUGAAACUGGAGAUUGUCAAUAUAUGGAGAGUCCAAGGAUAAGAAUCACUAACGAGGUGCAACAGCUGAGUAUUUGCAUAGCUAGCAUCACCGCACUCAUAGUUGCUACUUUGUUCGCGUACUACAUCGCGUUACGUGUAAUGCGCCGUUACUUCUGCACUGAGUACAAGCAAUCGCCAGCUUACGUAUUACCAUCGCCACCGAAAAUUUUAGUUAUUUACUCACCAGCAAAUAGAUUGCAUGCAGAAUGUGUUGCCUCAUUUAUCACAUAUCUGCGUUCUGAGUACGGCUUUGAAAUUAUGUACGAAGGAGAUAUAUCGAGUACCUCACAUGCUGAUCCAUUUAUAUGGGCAAAUGAAUCCUUCCGUAUUGCGACCCACGUUAUGUACAUAGUCGGUCCUGCUGAAGAAACUAACUUGUAUAACAAUAUAUAUGACAAACCGAUUAUAACAGCACAUAGAGAUGUGGAUAAUAUAGUAUUGGCUAUGAUAAAAGCGAAUCGAAGUAAUAAAACUAGAAAAGAUGUGAUUAAUGUACUUUUUGAACACUCCGAUGGACAGUUACCGAUUGAGACCAGACAUGAUAAAGCCUUCUUACUGUUGAAGGAUUGGCAGAAGCUUAUAUCUUAUCUGUCACAGAAUUUGUUACCGAAGAAACAGAUUAUGAGGACGGAGAAAGGUAAGUGUUUUAUAGAAGAUUUGUCGAGGGCCAAGAAAUUGUUGAGUGUCAAACAGGAAGAUGUUGUUAUCAGAUGUGAAAAGAAUUGGAACGAGAAAAAGGUUUUAUUGUAAUCAGUUAUUUCAACAAAUUAAGCUUCUGAAAUAUGUUUAAUGUUACAAAAUUGUGCCGGAGGUCAAUUUUAGUAGAACCUAAAUUUCAAUAGUUUUAAUAUCAAGAAUUAAAACAUCUACGCGUUUCAAAUAAGAAUAUGCAAAAAUAAUUGAAAAAAUCUCUUUUUAGCUUUUAACCUACUAUCUUGGGGAAAUUUUUUUUGUUAAUUUCACUUUUUUGUGUUUUUUUAAUUUACUAAUUCAGACAUAACAAAUAAGCAAAUA